GGUCAGGGGCUUUUUCCAGACUAGGAAAAAAAAGAAAAAAAAAAAAAAAAACAGAAAGGAAGCCCGAGCGAGCUGGGGUUGGAGGUGGGGGGUGGGGGAAGGCUGGGGAGGGUGCAGGGGAGCGAAAGAGAAGGGCAGGCGAAGAAAGCGACUGCACUUGAGCGAAGCCUCAAACUCCUCUGUGCGCUCCAGGUUGUCAUUUUUGCUUCCUGGGUCCCCUUCGCCUGCGUCUCCGGGCUAGGAAAAGCCGGGCCGUGCGAGAGUCCGUCUGGAGUUGCAAAGUGUCUUCCUUCCCCGGGCGCAGCCUGUCCCCUCCCGCCGCCCACCUUCCUCGUUUCUGCACUCAUUUUAGCGACGCAGCCGCCGCUGCUACCUAUCCCGCGCUCCCGCGUCUCCUCCGCGCUGGGGUCUCCUCUUUCCUUUUGGUUUGGGUGAGAGAAAAAGAUGGUGAGGACGGGGAAUCGGAGACCGGUAUGGGGGUAAAAAAUCGUGCAGACAUUCGGAAUCGCCGCCUUGGAAACAUUUGCCUGAGCAACUGAAAUAAAAUUGGCAGUAGUAGUUUUGGAGCGUGCUCCAGCGAGGAUGGUCUUUUUGUUCAUUAUUUUCUCUUUAAAGUAAUAUCCUGUCACUUAGGGGCUUUCCGGUUGUCUCCACUUAUGCGACCCCCUUUCAAAAUUGCUGACUUGAGCUGGUUCUGGAGUUUAUUUUUUAAUAUGCGUGCGUGUGUAUGUGUAUGUGUGUGUAUGUUUUGCAGAAAUCCGCCAAAAUGCAACUGUAGGAACUGCUAGAUGUAUUUAUUGAUUUUGACCAGAGGCGGUGGGAAGGGGCUGGCGGGAGCUGGGGGAUCCUGGAGGGUGGGAAGUGGCUGAUUCUCGGUGGCCGGACGCUCAUCCAGAGCCUGAGCCGUACUCGUGUUUUCUUGGAAGCGCCACAACUGCGAGGAAGGAGUCUUUAGCAACCGUGCCAGUUUCAAUAUGGCGGGCUAAGGUGGCUUUUAAAAACUGAAAAUAAAGGUUUUGAGGUGGGAAAAAACCCAGCUGAAGUUUCCACCCCUUAGUUUCGACUCUCUUUGGCUACCCCAGGAAGCGCUUUAGCGAAUUAAGUGGGAAAAAAAAAAAGAAGGAAUGGGCUGUCCCGUUUUUUUUUUUUUUUUCCGUGGUUAGAGUCUGUGUGUCAAGUCCAUUGCUAGGGGGGAAAGGGAUGGAGAGGUGCUGCUGGCCCGGACCAGGGCACCGAAACGCAACUGUCGUGUGUGCCUGUGGAUUAAUGUGCAGGCCUGUGUGUGCGCAGUUUUUUUGGGUGUGCGUGUCAAAGAGAACCACCCCGAAUGUGUGUGUGCGUCUUGGAACCAGACCCUGCCAUGAUUUGACGUGACAAACUGCGGACACGUGGUGCAAAGUACAUGAGGGCAGAGGGAGUGAUUUAUUUUGGCUUUCUAGGAGACGAGCUAGCUCUCGCCGUGUGUGUGCUGGAUCCUGCGCGAGUAGAUCCCUCAGUAGGUGGGGCGAGGAGGUAAUUUUUUCUGCAGGAUGAAUUAAGAGAAGAGACACUUGCUCAUCAGGCAUGGAGAGCACUUUGUCAGCUUCCAAUAUGCAAGACCCUUCAUCUUCACCCUUGGAAAAGUGUCUCGGCUCAGCUAAUGGAAAUGGAGACCUUGAUUCUGAAGAAGGCUCAAGCUUGGAGGAAACUGGCUUUAACUGGGGAGAAUAUUUGGAAGAGACAGGAGCAAGUGCCGCUCCCCACACAUCAUUCAAACACGUUGAAAUCAGCAUUCAGAGCAACUUCCAGCCAGGAAUGAAAUUGGAAGUGGCUAAUAAGAAUAACCCGGACACGUACUGGGUGGCCACGAUCAUUACCACGUGCGGGCAGCUGCUGCUUCUGCGCUACUGCGGUUACGGGGAGGACCGCAGGGCCGACUUCUGGUGUGAUGUAGUCAUAGCGGAUUUGCACCCCGUGGGGUGGUGCACACAGAACAACAAGGUGUUGAUGCCGCCGGACGCAAUCAAAGAGAAGUACACAGACUGGACAGAAUUUCUCAUACGUGACUUGACCGGUUCGAGGACAGCACCCGCCAACCUCCUGGAAGGUCCUCUGCGAGGGAAAGGCCCUAUAGACCUCAUUACAGUUGGUUCCUUAAUAGAACUUCAGGAUUCCCAGAACCCUUUUCAGUACUGGAUAGUUAGUGUGAUUGAAAAUGUUGGAGGAAGAUUACGCCUUCGCUAUGUGGGAUUGGAGGACACUGAAUCCUAUGACCAGUGGUUGUUUUACUUGGAUUACAGACUUCGACCAGUUGGUUGGUGUCAAGAGAAUAAAUACAGAAUGGACCCACCUUCAGAAAUCUAUCCUUUGAAGAUGGCCUCUGAAUGGAAAUGUACUCUGGAAAAAUCCCUUAUUGAUGCUGCCAAAUUUCCUCUUCCAAUGGAAGUAUUUAAGGAUCACGCAGAUUUGCGAAGCCAUUUCUUCACAGUUGGGAUGAAGCUUGAGACAGUGAAUAUGUGUGAGCCCUUUUACAUCUCUCCUGCGUCGGUGACUAAGGUUUUUAACAAUCAUUUUUUUCAAGUGACUAUUGACGACCUAAGACCUGAACCAAGUAAACUGUCGAUGCUCUGCCAUGCAGAUUCUUUGGGGAUUUUGCCAGUACAAUGGUGCCUUAAAAAUGGAGUCAGCCUCACUCCUCCCAAAGGUCACUCUGGCCAGGACUUCGACUGGGCAGAUUAUCACAAGCAGCACGGGGCGCAGGAAGCCCCUCCCUUCUGCUUCCGAAAUAGGAGAGCUAGUGUGGAAUUGGAUGCAUGGAAGACAUUUCCCCAGGGAUGUUUAACAGAGGCUGUUAUGAAAGGAAUCGACACAGUAAAAUGCUUGACAUCAUUCAGUCGAGGUUUCACAAAGAACAUGAAACUUGAAGCUGUGAACCCCAGGAAUCCAGGAGAACUGUGUGUGGCCUCCGUUGUGAGCGUGAAGGGGCGGCUAAUGUGGCUUCACCUGGAAGGGCUGCAGACUCCUGUUCCAGAGGUCAUUGUUGAUGUGGAAUCCAUGGACAUCUUCCCAGUGGGCUGGUGUGAAGCCAAUUCUUAUCCUUUGACUGCACCACACAAAACAGUCUCACAAAAGAAGAGAAAGAUUGCAGUUGUGCAACCAGAGAAACAAUUGCCGCCCACAGUGCCUGUUAAGAAAAUACCUCAUGACCUUUGUUUAUUCCCUCACCUGGACACCACAGGAACCGUCAACGGGAAAUACUGCUGUCCUCAGCUCUUCAUCAACCACAGGUGUUUCUCAGGCCCUUACCUGAACAAAGGAAGGAUCGCAGAGCUACCUCAGUCGGUGGGACCGGGCAAAUGCGUGCUGGUUCUUAAAGAGGUUCUUAGCAUGAUAAUCAACGCGGCCUACAAGCCUGGAAGGGUAUUAAGAGAAUUACAGCUGGUAGAAGAUCCCCACUGGAAUUUCCAGGAGGAGACGUUGAAGGCCAAAUACAGAGGCAAAACGUACAGGGCUGUGGUCAAAAUCGUACGGACAUCUGACCAAGUCGCAAAUUUCUGCCGCCGAGUCUGUGCCAAGCUAGAGUGCUGUCCAAAUUUGUUUAGUCCUGUGCUGAUAUCUGAAAACUGCCCAGAGAACUGCUCCAUUCAUACCAAAACCAAAUACACCUAUUACUAUGGAAAGAGAAAGAAGAUCUCCAAGCCCCCCAUCGGGGAAAGCAACCCCGACAGUGGACACCCCAAACCCGCCAGGCGGAGGAAGCGACGGAAAUCCAUUUUCGUGCAGAAGAAACGGAGGUCUUCUGCCGUGGACUUCACCGCGGGCUCGGGGGAGGAUAGUGAAGAGGAGGACGCCGAUGGCAUGGACGAUGACACCGCCAGUGAGGAGACCGGUUCCGAGCUCCGGGAUGACCAGACGGACACCUCGUCGGCGGAGGUGCCCUUGGCCCGGCCCCGGAGGGCUGUCACCCUGCGGAGUGGCUCAGAGCCCGUGCGCCGGCCACCCCCAGAGAGGACACGAAGGGGCCGCAGGGCGCCGGCUGCCUCCUCAGCAGAGGAAGGGGAGAAGUGCCCGCCAACCAAGCCCGAGGGGACAGAGGACACAAAACAAGAGGAGGAGGAGAGACUGGUUCUGGAGAGCAACCCAUUGGAGUGGACGGUCACCGACGUGGUGAGGUUCAUUAAGCUGACAGACUGUGCCCCCUUGGCCAAGAUAUUUCAGGAGCAGGACAUUGACGGCCAAGCACUCCUGCUUCUGACCCUUCCGACAGUGCAGGAGUGCAUGGAGCUGAAGCUGGGGCCCGCCAUCAAGUUAUGCCACCAGAUUGAGAGAGUCAAAGUGGCUUUCUACACCCAGUAUGCCAACUGAGCCUGCCUUCGGGAGGUGGCCCAUUAUCGCUGCGAUGCGGUGUUUGUAAAGGUUUCCAGGACUGAAACUUUGAUUUUCCAGGAUAUGUUAAAUGGUACAGACUCUAAGUAUCACCAGAAAACCAGAAGGCCAGGAUCUUCUGCCUCCGCCAGCCUGUGAGCUGUUUCCAUGUUUUCAAAGCACAGCAGCAGUCGCUCCUGGGGAGUGCCAGUUAAAGUCAUGCGUCAGACCCUGCCGGACGUGGGCCUGCUUCUUGGCUCACCCACGGUUUGCCUUUCUCCCGCCCCAAACCAGGCAGCCCCCUUGGAGCAGGGUUUCCUAAGAUGAGGACUGCAUUCUUUGAAAAUGAAGAAUGUCACCAAGGAAGAAACCUCACUCCAUGCCGUAGUGUUUCCCGUAAUCACAUGAGCACAUUUACACAUGCAGUUUCUUAUGGAUAGGUAUGUGACCCUGGUUGAGUGGCACCUGCGGUUUCAUCUUGGUGGCAACUCCUUUGCAAUGCAGCUGGCAGCGACAUCCUUAUAAAAAGAUGUGCUAAAGCUCUGUCCUCUGUUAGAGGCGCCUUUUAGGAAUACGGGGAGUGAAGGAAGGCCGGCAGGCAUCUCCAUGCAACUAGAUGGCUGGUUAGUUUGUUUGUUUUGUUGUGUUUUUUGAGACAGUCUUGCUCUGUCGCCCAGGUUGGAAUGCAGUGGCGCAAUUUCAGCUCACUGCAACCUCUGUCUCCCGGGUUUCAGUGAUUCUCCUGCCUCAGCCUCCCAAGUAGCUGGGAUUACAGGCGCCCACCACCAUGCCCGGCUAAUUUUUGUAUUUUUGGUAGAGACAGGGUUUCACUAUGUUGGUCAGGCUGGUCUUGAACUCCCGAUCUCAAGUGAUCUGCCAGCCUCAACCUCCCAACGUGCUGGAAUUACAGGUGUGAGCCACCACGCCCCGGCCCAACUGGAUGGUUUUUGAUUGAAGCCUAGAACAUCUGUAGAGACAAACUCUACCCAGUCUUUUCUAGACCCUCAACUAUCUCCAAUGUUGUUGUUUAAUUGUAGCCAGAUCAGGGAGUGAGUCUUUUAGGCAAAUGUUGGUUUAUAUAUCAAAGGAAAAGCUUAGUUUCAGAGAAGAGGAAAGGAAAGAGAUGUGGGGGGAGCGUUUCAUGAACCAGCUACAUCCCCCUUAGAAGGAUCACUGCAGCAGGUCACUGAGCAGGAGUCCCUCUGAGCGUCCCUUCUGUCUCAUUCUGCCCCGGCUGGCCACAUAUGCACCAGGCACGAUGCAGCGUGAGCACUGAAUCUGGAGUCAGCCACUUGGCACCCUGGUUUUGCUGAGAACUAACUCUGAGAUCUUGGGUGACUUCUCAUCACUCUGGACCUCAGUUCCUGUGAAGCGACAGGUGUGGACACUGAGGGUGCAGUGGUGAGCACACUGUCUCCCGCUGGCGUUCAUCCCACUCAUGCUGGAAAGGAAGAUCCAGAUCAUACAAAAAUGAGAAAAAGAAAGAAUAAGAAGGGUCUGGUCCCAGUUCUGACCCGGCCAUUCCUACAGCCUUUCUGGCUUUGAAUUUGCUUGUGGAAUUUCUUGGGCAGUUGUGUGAAAUCUGCCAGGUCACGUGCAGACAAAGCUGUGGCUGCGAGAGUUGGCUGGCCUCUUGGACCAGAAGCCAUCUCCGUAUCCUCAUGAGCGAUUCCGUAUCUCCACUCCGACCUCGUGGACGACAGUGUUCCGCUGUGGUGGCUGCCAAGAUGCCUUUUUAAACGUAUGCAAGGAAACCAAACCCCUCCCGCACAGUUCCUGAGUGGACACUGGAAGCAGAGGCUUCGCACCCUUCCUGCUUUCUCACCACUGUUACCUUGAGCUCGUCCCUUGGACUAGAGUCUCCACAGUUCUGGUAAAAUUCUGCGGUGGGCUGAUGAGCUGCUUGCAUUUCUGUGACAUUUCCAGAUGUGAUUCUCGGUGGGAUUUUGGAAACUUUGAUUGCUCAAGCUCACCCUUCUUAACAUUCUGUAAUGGUUACAGAUGACAAUGGAAAACACAUAUUUUAUGGAUGAGGCGUUUUGGUCUCCCCUGCAGUCGAUUUCUAGAAUCAAGUUUUAGAGUUUGGCGGAUGCAUCUGCCUGGGGACCUCAGAUGGGAGGAGUGUGUCAUUUGUGCCCCGACAGAAAUGUCUCUGGGAUCCGUGGCUGGCUUGCCCCGGGCAUCUCUCCUUUAAGCUCAAGUUUUGACCUCUCCACGGUUUUCCACCCCUGCCUUCUCCGCCACAUGCUUUUGGCCUUAAACGCUCAGUCUCGUGGAGUUACACUGUCAAACGAUUGGAAAGGGCAUCCAUUUCCAGAUCUUUGGCAUUUUCCCUGCGCUGACUCUUUGAUGAUCCUUCACUGUGGCCUUUUCAAGCUGAGCUGUUUCUGUUUUAUUUGAGACGAGGAUGAGGGAAUGUGGUGGCCACAACAGAACAGGGACUUGCAGCACAAAUGUCACUUCUGUCUCCCUUUUCAGUGGUGGCAUGGAGGAGGAGGUGCUGCGUUGGAGGGAAGAGAUCCUGCAGGAGCUCUCUGGAGCCCAUCUAGGGAGCUGGAGUGUGUGGCCCACCAGGAGCUCAGGAAGGAUACAGCCACUGUCGCAGGGGCAAGUGUUUGCUUCUCAUGGAGCCAAGUGCCCAAGACUGUCCGUAUCCUUCACCCUGACAGUUUAACUUCAGUGUUUCUCUGUGCAGUUGCGGUCACCACAGGUGAGCACUGGGUGUGUACGUGCCAGGGAGGAGAUGGCUGGGACUACUGCACAGGAGGGCACAGCCUGGUGUCGCCAUGAAUGUUGUCUCUAUGCCAUCUCUCUGGUCCUUGAGGAGAGCCCAGAAAGAUUUGAGGACCAAGGAGGUCCUAAACAGCUUUUCCUCCAGCUGUUGCCAGUGUCCUUCUGAGCUUGGAUUCUCUGGGGAUUUCCGUCGUGGUGGGUGGACUUCACAUCAGCAGCAAUUCUGGUACAGAAUUGUAAUGUGUUUUCACUUCUCUGUAGGAUUCACCUCUCACCAGCGUCUUGUCUUAAAAGUAGGGCCAAUCUCAUGGAGCAUUUUUCUGUGUGUGUCCUUGUUGCUUUUGGCAGAAAAAGUGGAUUUGACAUGUGUGCCCCAAUGCCAUCAUGGCCCCUAGGCCAACAAUGUCAUGGUCUAAACACCAAAAAGUGAUGCCCUGCAUUCCUUCCCUGGAUGGUACCAUUUCUUCUCCGUCUCUCUUUGAUGAUUCUUUGGGACCAAAGUCCUCUCCUUAGUGCGCCUACAUCCUGUGGGCAUCACGCCACUUGGAACUUAUUGGAACUGGCCCGGCAGACUCUGCAGUCUGCGCCGUUUGAAAACCCUGAGAAAGAGACGCCACCUCAACUUGAAUCAUGACAGCCCAUCGCUCAGUCUCACCCUAAACUCACGGAGCUUGUUUCAGCUCCUCACUUCUUGACUGCAUUUGUACUAUGUUGAAAAAAUAUCCUGUCCACAAAAACACAAGCCUAACAACCUAGAAAAAGAACAGGGUACUACUGGCAUUACAGAACUUCUUUGCCUUUCAAAACAAAAGCAAAACACAGUGAACUUCACCACAGAGCUGCAUAGUAUGGGGAACUCAUCCAUCACUUUCAAAAUUAGAGUCAUUUGAUCCAAGUUUGAGUCAGACACAGUAUUUGAGCUGCACGGCUUCUGGGUUCUCCCACCUUAUUUGAUCAUAUUUGAAAGAUUAUUUCCUGUGUUUGCUUUGAUUUGUUCCUCAGUACAUUAAAAUGAUCUACACCUUGAACACUGCCCCUGUGACCUUUACUGCCCUCUCUAGAAGGUUGAUUUUGAUCAGCCUUUUGAAGAUGGGUGUUGUUUCCCUAACUUAUCUCACAGAAUUUUGAGCGUUGUAUUCGGCAAGUUCUGAGAUUUGCCUUCUAUCUUAUGCCAAACACCCCUUUCUAAGAGCUGUCCCUGCUUAGUUUUAGAAGCACUAGGGGUUUUCAUACUUAUUUUAUAGAACACCCAUUUAUAUUUAUUUCUGUAUAUAGAACUAAAAAAAAACCAAUAGUGUUAAAAAUCUUUGUUGUGGUUUGAGCAUCUUUGCUGCUUUUGGAUUAAGAUGGCGAAUCAAGACUCCACUUCCUCUCUCUUCUGUCUUUAGAAAGCUGUGAUCGUGCGUGCAAUUAUUUGAAAGGAAACAUAGUCAGUUAAGAAACCUGUAGUUGUUAAGGAAGAAAUUGUUGGCGAGAUAUCCAUACUGCCCGUAUCUCAUUGGUGCAAUAAUUAAAUAGCAAAGGAAAUCUGUAUUGGCAACUAUUAUAAUUCAAUAAUUCUUUUGUUUACUGCCCUUUUCUGUUCAGGAGUUUUCUGGAAAUUACUCCCUUUCACGUGGUUGAAUUCUUAAGUUGACCAAUUCUCAUAGCUCUUAUCACUAGAAUGGUUUGCAGAUACCCCAAACAUACUAUGAUAAAAUCAAAUUGUGCUACUUUUGACCCAUGUAAUUCACCUAAAAGUUGUAAUUGCUGACAUAGAGUACUGCCUUGAAUUUUGGUUUAAAACCUCUCUAGUUUCAAUGAUAAGUAACUCAAACAAUUCCAUAUUGUUUGAGGAAGGGGCCAUAAUCCUUCUGUAUUGUUGGCACUAAGUAAUGGGAAUUUGGCCCAGUAAGUAUGAAGGUUGUGUCGCCUAACCAACGCAGAGCAGUGCUUUUUGUGUGGCUGAGGAGAUAUGCUGAUGAAAAAAGGAAAAUUCUAGGACAAUCGUUGGCUAAAAAUCACCUUAGGAUGAAAAAUUUGAGGCAAAUUUUUUUAAAUGACAGAAAAAAAUAAUCAUCUCACUUGCUCGAAACAGGAGCCAGCACGAUCUCUGGAAGCAUCAACUAUCCCUUGUCGUGAAUGUUGAAAGCCCUUUCACUGUUUUGCAUUCUAGUUUGAAUAGUUUGUAUUGAAAUUGGAUUCCUAUCUUGUGUAUGUUUUUGGUGCAUAAAAGGGAAAAAUUGGUGUCAUUACUUUUGAAAUUUGCAGGACGAAGGGCAUGCUUUUGGUUUGCUGUAAGAUUGUAUUCUGUAUAUAUGUUUUCAUGUAAAUAAAUGAAAAUCUAUAUCAGAGUUAUAUUUUAAUUUUUAUUCUAAAUGAAAAAAACCCUUUUUACUUGAAAAGAACUGUAAGCCACAUUGUUAAUAAAGUAAAAAUAAAUUCUA